AAAAACCACACCGGCCGUACAUGACAGUUAGCGUUUUGAUGCAACGCAAGUACAACCAGUUCGCCGAUAUUGGUCGUUUGCGCCGCCGUUGCCUUUGCCCGUCAGCGAGUGUGUCUGUGUGCGCGCCGUACGGUUUUCGGCCGGUCACCCACAAACCGUGUGCGAACGUCUUGGACCGGUCGCGUGCCAGUGCAAUAUAUUCAUGCGAGGUGGUGAUUUUUUAUUUGUUUUUCCAUACAUCUUCUGUCUUCUUCGCCGCUUUGUAUUUUCUUCGCCGUUUCCGCGAUCGUCUUCACCAACAACCCUCUUAGCGGUUCAGUUCGGUUCGGCAUGACCUGUCGGCUUCCCGCCCGGCCUCCACCGCCACAUUAUUACGGCGGGACAGUGUCAGCCGAGGCCCGUCGCGUAAUGGGCGACCUGCAGCAUUUUUGCCUGCGCUGGAACAACUACCAGAACAGCAUAACCACGGCGUUCGAGAAUCUCAGGGACGACGAGGACUUCAUUGACGUGACUUUGGCGUGCGACGGCAAGAGCCUGAAAGCGCACAGAGUCGUCUUGUCCGCUUGCAGCCCAUACUUUAGAGAGCUGUUGAAAAGCACACCGUGCAAACACCCGGUAAUCGUGUUGCAAGACGUGGUGUUCGAUGAUCUACAGGCGCUCGUCGAGUUCAUCUACCACGGUGAAGUGAACGUGCAGCAGAGGAAUCUCAGUUCGUUCCUGAAAACCGCCGAGGUGCUCAGGGUCAGCGGUCUCACCCAACCGUCCGAUUCGUCUGCCAAUGAUAAUUCAGCGAGACAAUCAUCCGAGACACCGCCGGCGCCCGAAACCUCGUUCCUGUCUCCAGCCAAUCAAGCGCCCGAGGGCAGGCUGUCCCCACAAGUCAGGCAGAGAAAAAGCUUUCCACAACAAUCACCGUCGUCCAUACCUUCGCCCCGUUCAAAGGAAAACUCUCCGAUACCCUUAAAGCGCACUAAGACCAUGUCGUCGGGAUGCGGCAUUGAUCUGUCUGAGAGGUCUUCCCAACACAGUCCCAGUUCGGCGGGCAGUCGACCCAACUACAACGACGACGACGACCCGGGCGACCGGUCGGACGGCGGCGGCACGGGCACCGGAAGUGUCGGCCACAACAGCAACGGCGAUGAGCCUCCGAUGGAUUACUCGCGGACGUAUCAACACCAGCAACAGCAACAGCAGCCGCAGCCGCAAUACCAACAGAAUCAGCAGCAGCAGACGCCGGCGGCGGCGGCCGCGGCAGUGGCGGCCGCGACGCUGCAGGACGAUAUGGCGCAGAAUCUGAUGGUGCCGCGCAGGGUCAAAGCCGAACCGGUCGAGCACAACAGCACGUACGGGGACGGCAGCAACGAUUCAGCGGCCGACUUUACGGGCGUCCACCCGGCCAUCGGCAUGUCCGAGCCCGACGACACGUCCUACCAGAUCCAUCAUUCGUACCUGGACAGCAAGUUCUUCGCGGCCGCCGGCGCCACUUUCAACUUCAGCAUGGCCGCCGCGCUGGCCGCCGACUCACUAGCGGGUCUGAACAAUCACAACCAUACCAAUGCGAUAGACACUCUCGGAGGUUCCACGUCUCAAGACUGGUCAGAGGCUGGUGGAGGAGUCGGCGGCGGGGAGACGCUGUCCUGUUUCGUUUGCGGCAAGCGCUUGAGCACCAGGUUGACGUUGAAGCGGCACAUCGAACAGCAGCACAACCAGCCUCUGCACUCGGCCGUCUGCAACGUGUGCAACAAAGUGUUCCGCACGCUCAACAGUCUCAACAACCACAAGAGCAUUUACCACCGCAAACCCAAGGCGUAUAAGGCGACCGUGGCGGCGGCGGCGGCCGCGGCAGCCACGGCGACGUCCACGACAAACCUGCCGCCGCUGGCCGUGUGGUACAAUAACAACAACAACAACAACAACAGUAACAACAACAACGACGACGACGACGGCAACUGACGAACGCCGUUGCUCGUGCAGAGGACCGCCUGAGAAGACUGUAAGUGAGACACGCCGUCCUCGCCGCGACCGACAACCCGGACAACAGUAUUAUUACAUUCAAUUAUUAUUAUUAUUAUUAUUAUUAUUACCUAUUAGGUAUUAUUUAUUUACGAAUACUAAAUAAGCGGUUUGUUAUAAUAUGUAUCCGCCACGACUGCAAAGUGCAAUAAUGAUAUUAAUAAUAUUAUUAAAAAACAAAAUGUAUUUUUUAAAGUAAAUCGAAUUGGUAGCGUUUUGUUUUGUUUUGCGAACGGUAAUAUCGCAUUUUCUUAAUUUUAUAUGUUCUAAUGUAAUAUUCGGUAGAUAUUAUAGCGUCCGUCAUUUUGUAUAUUGAUGGCGUGUUGAGCAUAAAAUAUUAAUUUUUAAGAAUAAUUUUAUAUUACUAAAAAAAAUCGUGUACACGACGUUAUGAUCGAUGAUAAUAAUAAUAAUAAUAGUAUUAUUAUACUCGUAGACUGCGGCCUUUGUGCCUUUACAAUAUUUAUGUAUAUAUUAAUAUGUUACAUUAUAGUGUUUAUACAAAAUUAUAUUAUGUAGUCUGUACCAACCGUGUUUGAAUGCGUAACGAUCGGUGGUUAGAACAUAAUAUUAUAAUCUCGUCUAGUGAAAGAAUAACAAGUUUUUCGCUCGGUUUUGUUACAUUUUUUUUUUAUAUAUAUAUUCGUCCGACCAAAAUAAGACCUUCUAUAAUAUAUUAUAAUAAAUGGUAUAAAGCUCGUAGUGCUAAUCGAACGUAUGUAAAUGUUUAGCAUUAUUUUUUGUACUAAAAAUCUAAUAAAAAAAAACCGAUCUAUAUGAAGAAAA